CCGGUUCCUGUUAUUAUGGUAUUUUUCGACCUAAUGAUUUCGUUAUAUUAAAUGAGCAAUACGACGUGAACAUGUUGACAACGUUCUUGCUUACUGGGUGGGUUUCUCCUCUCGAAAAUGACUAUAAUCUUCGAUAUUACCCCUGCUGUGAAUGCGAGUGUUAUAGGCGCUUUGACACUGCUCAGCCACCCGCUUUUAGGAAAUAAGUUGGCAAAGGGAUGCGUCUGCCGUGAUGGCACUGCAGCUGAGCAACGGGGAUGCAGCGUACUACGAGAGUGCACAAUACUGCAGGAAUUACACCUCGUCUGUUGUCAACUACAGCAGCAGCAGCAGCCAUUAUCUGUCCCGUUUGCCAGGUCCAGAGGCCAUGUUGAAGCCUGCUCUCAGUCUCUUCAGCCAUGCACAGCCGCCUUUUCAACACAUGGACUCUUUGCACCGGCUGGGACCUCCACCAUUGGUGCCUACGCAGCCUCUCGGUCCUCCACCAGUGGGACCUACUCCACCGCCAAAUGUGGUUGCUGCCCCGACUCUAGUACCCCCUCCCAUGACCGCUCCUCAUACAUUGAGGCCUCCUCCCAUCACACCUGUACAUCGUUUAGGCCCACCACCAAUGGUUGAAGCUCAGCCGCUAGGACCUCCUCCUUUGACACACACCGUGGGGCCUCCAUCUCUAGAUCACUCGCAAGUAAUGGUGCCUCCUUCAUUAGACCUCACCCAACCAAUGGGGCCUCCUACUCUGAACCAUGCUCAUGCAUUGGUUGCCCCUGUGCCUGCUGGAGCUAACCGAUUCCCCCUGCCACCCAGCCCCUUGUCCUCCCCUCUAAUCCCAUGCCCAGAACUUUCGCAACUGCCCCCAAGACCUGGCCCUCCCAUGGUCUCAUCCCCAGUGCCUGGCCUUAUUCCUGGUCCUCUCCCAGGCCAGGCAGCCCCAACUAGCGAGCAGCCCCAGGAAGAGGCCUCUUCUAUGGGCAGGGAGGAGCAGGAGGACACUUUUGCAUUGGAAGAACUCUGCAAGCCAUUGUAUUGUAAACUCUGCAAUGUUACCGUCAACUCAGCUCAGCAGGCACAGGCUCACUACCAGGGGAAGAACCACAGCAAGAAACUGCGGAAUUUUCUAGCCGGCAGUCAGCAGCCACCAGCCAUCAGAAUCCCUGAAGCGCUUGAGGUGGCUGGGCAGAUAAACCUCUUCUCAGGAUCCAACGACAGUGACACUGCAAGGCCGGCAUCGUAUAAGGGGCCCACCCGGGUCAUUUUGGCCACAGAGAAUGACUAUUGUAAGCUGUGUGAUGCUUCCUUCAGCUCAUUGUUAGUUGCACAAGCUCACUACCAGGGCAAGAACCAUGCAAAGAAACUCCGACUCGCUGAAGCUCAGCAAAACACAAAUAACAUGGACAGUAGCAGUGACGCAAGCCCAAGAAGGAACCGUAAAGAUGGCAGUGAGUACAGACUGAUGAAAAAUCGCAGAAGCAUGCCGCUUCCUACCUCCAUUCAAGGGCCGUACUACAACCCCAGACCCAGGCAGCGCAUCCCCAGGGAUUUAGCUAUGUGUGUAACCCCCAGUGGACAGUUUUACUGCUCUAUGUGCAACUGUGGAGCUGAACAAGAAACAGACUUCCGACAGCAUUUGGAAAGCAAGCAACACAAAGCGAAAGUGUCAGAGUUAAGGUACCGGAAUGAGAUGGAGAACUUGGGCUACAGCUAAAAGCACAGGGAAUAGAUGGGAGACAAUAAAGGAAAAGCACGAGACCAAAGUGGUGUAAAAAAUAUUUAUUCGGGGGAUUUUACUGAAGGAUUAGUGUCAAAAUGCUAUUGUUUAAAACCCAGAUAAAAUGUUGCAACUUGGUGAGAUCCACCAGGAAAAUGAAAACAAGAGUGUGCUUUUAUGGUAUGUAGUGAAAUUAUAUUUCUGGUCCACUUUUUUUGCCAACUCAGGAUCCAGUUUAAUCUAUAGAGGUCUUGUAGCUUCACUGAACUAGAUGUAACACGAUCGUUUGGAUCACUAAGAGGGAAAAAAGUGGACAAACAAUCGUGGUUAUUAUCUUGUGUAUGAAUCGGAUGAAAUCCAAAGCACAACCAUCGUGUUACAAUAACAUGAAACAUGAUGUGUGACAUGAAACUGUUGGCCUUUGCUGACCGUGAGUGGUCCGUCGUAUCAGGCUUGAGGCUUCACCUUGACUGGCCUUGUUUGUGCCUUGAGAAGUAGAGAAACUGAAUUCUUAAAAAUAAGCUUUGGCCAACCCUUCUGGCAAUGUAGUUACGAUUAUGGAUGACUUUUCUAUAUCCAUGCGUGAUUGCUAUCUGUAUAAAAUAAUGUUCAAGUAAAUUAUUUAAUUGUAUUUGAGGUAUAAAUAUACUAUAGUGUACAUAUUUAACAUUAGGUACAUGAUAAUGUCACAUAAUACAACUACUGUAAAUAUUCAGAAUCUAUAAUUGUUAGGAUUUCAGUGUGCACCAUUUACUCAUCAACACCAAAGUUAAUAAUACCCUGGCCAAAACUCGUGUUGUUGUUUGUUUUAUUUUGUUUUGUUUUUUUAAUUGGUGUCUGGAUACAUCAUUAUGUGAUAAAACAUUAAGAUGUUAAUAAUGGUGUACGUAACUAACAUUUUGCACCGUAUUCUUGAACACCAGGUUCAGAAUCAUUGUGGUCACUGUAUUAUAGUCGUGUGCCCCUUCCUCUUAUAUAGUUCCCAGGAAAACAUUCUUGGCUCAAACUUGGGUUUGUAACAGUACACGCAAGUCACGGUUCGGUACAACAAAAAAACAAAACUUAAAAAAAAAAUUUUUUUUUAAUAACAGCAUUGAAAGUUAAUGUGUGUUAAAUUGGCUAAAUCUAAAACACAGCUCUUCUUAAAGUGCAAAAUAAAUAGAAACUUGUGAAUUUGUGUUUUAUUGUUCUAACAUUAUUUAAUUCGCAAUUAUCCAGGUGGCCUUCUCAAUUAUAAAUUGAUGUAGUAUUGUAUUAAUGUUGGUGAUGACAGACUGUGAAAAUGAAUUUUCCUAUGGAGCAGUAAAGGCUAUCUCUACCUAUAUGUGCAAACAUACACAACAAACACUUUUUAUAGGGAUCAACUGAAGUAACAGUCAAGUAGCAUUCGCCAGCUCCCAACCUUGGUAACUUUUUUUUUUUUUUUUAAUAAAAAUAGAUAGUGAUCGCUCGCUACUUCGCGCUUCAAACCUCACAGCCUCAGUCCAUCGCAGAUUUUAUUAUUUUUUUUCAAUUAAAAAAAAAAGAAUAAAUAAACAAAUAACAGUAUUUUAUAGAGAUUUCCUGAUCCACUCAUGGACAGCCUGUGACCUUUCCCUCCUGCUGCUGUCCCUGCUCACCAAGCAGCUGCUUGUAAAAGUUAACGAUGAGUGACAGAUCUGAAGCUUUGAUCUGGCCAGAGAAGUUUGGGAGCGCCGAAUGUAUGAGCUCAUUGAGCUUGUUAAAUACUAGCAGUAGUGUGCUGUGGCGACUCAUUGUGUGUGUGGAAGCGAGCGGAAUUGAUUGGACUCACUCAAUUAAGCAUUUAAUAAAGACAAGCAUUUUGCUACUUUAUUCUUGUUUGAAAAUAAUUCGGUGGAAUAGUAACAUGUUUAAAACUUUUUUUUUUUUAAAUUUAAAUUAUACUUUGGGGAAAAUAAGGGAAAAUACAUGUCUUGUAUGAAUCUUUCCAUAGCUAAAUUUGAAUAAACACAUUAAACACACCCAAAAAAAACUUUUUUUUUAAUGUAAAUUAGCUCCUCUGCAUCGCGGAUUUCAGUUAUCGCCAUUAAAAGCAAAAAACGAGAGAUCACUGUACUACCAUUUUCAAUGUUCAAUUACAGACAACUACAGUGCUGGCCGAAAGUAUUGGCACACCUGCAAUUCUGUCAGAUAAUGCACAAUUUCUGCCAGAAAAUGAUUGCAAUUACAAAUACUGUACUUUGGUAGCAAUAUCUUCAUUGCAAUGAAAAAACACAAAAUGAAAAAACUUACCUGUGGCACAUAAAAGGUGGUGGCAAUAACUAAAUCAUACUUGCAGCCAGUUAAAAUUGAUUAAAGUUGACCCAACCUCUGUCCUGUGUCCUUGUGUGUACCACAUUGAGCAUGGAGAAAAGAAAGAAGACCAAACAACUGAAUUGUGAGGAAGCAUGGGUCAUCUCAAAUCUACAAGUCCAUCUCCAAAGACAUGAAUGUUCCUGUGUCUACUGUGUGCAGUGUCAUCAAUAAGUGUAAAGCCCAUGGCACUGUGGCUUACCUCCCUAGAUGUGGAGGAAAAGAAAAAUUGACGAGAGAUUUCAACGAAAGAUUGUGCGGAUGGUGGAUAAAGAACCUCGACUAACAUCCAAACAAGUUCAAGCUGUCCUGCAGUCUGAGGGUACAAUAGUGUCAACCCGUACUAGCUGUCGGCAUCUGAAUGAAAAGGGACUCUAUGAGAGGAUACCCAGGAAGACUCCACUUCUGACCCCCCAAUACAUAAAAAACCCAGGCUGGAGUUUGCCAAAACCUACCUGAGAAAGCCAAAAAUGUUUUGGAAGAAUGUUCUCUGGUCAGAUGAGACAAAAGUAGAGCUUUUUGGGAAAAGGCAUCAACCUAGAGUUUACAGGGGGGAAAAAAAUGAGGCUUUCAAAGAAAAGAACACGGUCCCCACAGUCAAACAUGGCGGAGGUUCCCUAAUGUUUUGUGGUUGCUUUGCUGCCUCUGGCAUUGGACUGCUUGACAAUGUGCAUGGCAUUAUGAAGUCUGAAGACAACCAACAAAUUUUGCAGAAUAAUUUAGGGCCCAGUGUAGGAAAGCUAGGUCUCCCCCAGAGGUCAUGGGUCUUCCAACAGGACAAUGACCCAAAACACACUUCAAAAAGCACUAGAAAAUGGUUAAAGAGAAAGCACAGAAAACCUCUGGCCAGCAAUGAGUCCAGACCUGAAUCCAACAGAACACCUGUGGAGAGAUCUGAAAAUGGCCGUUUGGAGAAGGCACCCUUCAAAUCUCAGAGACCUGGAGCAGUUGGCCAAAGAACAAUGGUCUAAAAUUCCAGCAGAGCAUUGUAAGAAACUCAUUGAUGGAUACCGGAAGCGGUUGGUCGCAGUUAUUUUGUCUAAAGGUUGUGCUACCAGGUAUUAGGCCGAGUGUGCCAAUACUUUUGUCCAGCCUAUUUUAGGAGUUUUGUGUAAAAUGAUAAUGAUUUUUUUUUUCACUCUCAUUUGUGUUUUUUCAUUGCAAGCAAAAUAAACAAAGACAUUACUACCAAAGCAUUUGCAAUUGCAAUUUUUCUGGGAGAAACUGAGCAUUAUCUGACAGAAUUGCGGGGGUGCCAAUACUUUUGGCCAGCACUGUAACUAUAAACCAAUUACAAGUGAACAUACACCCCUACUACAUAAGAUAUAUUUUUAUAUGGGCUCAAAUAAAAAAAAAAUUUAACUGCAAAAAGUUCCUAAACGCAUGAUUUCUUGAAAUACUGCAAAAAUUACUCACUCAUUGUUUCUGCUACUUCAUUUUAGGGCUACAGCAAAGUAAACAUUUCCUGAUUUGAAAAUAUAAAAUAAAUACACUUCAAAAAGUUAGUUCACACUCUGUACAUUCGCCAUAAUUUUCUUAGGUGACUUCAUCCGAUUUGGUGAGUCUUCUUUUCCCGUAAUGUCGGUUGUUGGUUUGGGUGCAUUACCUCUAACGCCCCCUUGGUUUGAGGAGGACUAACUCCGACAUGGAUUUUAUUUUUCUCAGACGUAUUCGCCGUCUGACUCCGUGAUGCCGUACCGUGACUGUACACUCUUAAAUACUGUUACACUCUUACUCAAGAUCUGCCCAAGAUAUUCCAUAAAUUAUUUAGAUGCGUAUUCGACUGUAAGCCCUUGAGGGAGCACUAUGGAUUGUCAUUUCAUUUUUUUGGUUUUAUUCGUGAAGCUUUUGUAUACAACACAAUCCAUCAUCCUAAUGAUCACCGCAGGCACCUUCCAUUAGUUACCCACUGAGACAGUGGGCAGCUUUCAAUGUGUCGCAUUUGGUGUCUUACUUGAGGCUCAUGUGGUCCAAACAUCCAAACUCCCCCAUUUUUCAUCAGUGAAGCAACGUUGUUGUGUCAACCCCCGCAUAAAUCGGUCCCAUUAUUACAUGUAAAUAUUGGCCGGUGGACACAACACUAAUCGUAGAUAGCUUGGCAUGAAUACUGAGCAUGAAUACACAUUAUGGGAACAGCUAUAAUGGGUAUAGGACAGAGUGCAUUAGAGAUUAGAGUAUGUGAGCCUUUUUUCCUUCAACCACUGAUGACAGUUUUGUGAUGGGAAAAAAGAAGAGAGGUGGGCUGAUAAUUAUUUCAUUAAAAGAAUAGGCUUUCCAAACAUGAAAUCUCUGGCAGCAAGCAUGUAUAAGACUGUGCCUUGAAAGGAAAAAUGUUUGAAGCCUAUAGGCCAAUAUCUCAGAUGCUCUGUUAUUGUACCAUUUUUCACCUACUGUACGCAGUACUAAACGCUAAAGGCAGCUGUUUUUUAUUGAGGGUUGGGGGGGUUGGGGGCGGCGUACAUUAUACAGAACAUCAAGUACACUGGCUGCAUGAAUACAAAAAGGGAAUUUAGAACAAAUAAGGCUUUUUAUGAUUAUGCAUGAAGAAUUAUUCUUCCUUUGCAUGAGCCCAAAAGUGCAUAUGGAGUGUUUUGCCUUUUUUUUUUUUUUUAUUAAUUCGCCCCUUAACAACUAACAUUUAUGAAACCUAGUUUGGUAGGUGCAGCAUGAGUACAGAAAAGGAUUAGGGCCAUUUCAGAAUUCUGACUUUAAAAGUGAGAAUUCUCAGUUUAAAGUCAGAAUUCUUUAAAGCAUUACUUCUCAAUUAGUGGGGGCGAUGCCGGGGGUGGCACAUGUGACCUCGGGAUCAUACUUUUUUUUUUGCUGUACUAGAAUAAAGUGGAAUUGCACAUCCAAUCAGUGGGUGGCAGUAGUGCUCUCAUUUUCAGAGUGUACGCAGUAUUCUUUUAACCAAACAAGAGCACACAGCAAAGAACACCGGUGAUAUGAAGAUGAGGAAAUAUAAUAAAGGGUCUGUAGCGUUUGGGUUUGACUUUUAAUACAGUGGGAGACAAGGAAAGACGAGUCUGUUUACUGUGUCUAAAAAUGUUUGCAGUGGACAACAGGAAGCCAAAUCAAUCAACCCCUUCAGACCUGCAUUUUUUCUGCUGGUCGAAAAACAAACAAAAAAAAACUGCAAUGAUUUUUUUCUCAAACACCAGACCAAAGUGCAUUUUUUAAAUUAAUUUCUAAUGUUAAUGUUUUUAAUGGGAAAUGAGCACUUUACGUUAUCCUUUUUGAAAUUGCGUUUGAUCAUAUAUCUUCAAAGAGCCAAAAAUAGCAAAGAGGGCGUGCCAAAUCUCAUGAUUUGAUUUCAAUGGGUAAACUUUAAUCCAAUCAUCUCCCAGAAGUAGCAGUAGCAACUAAAUUCAGUGUAUUUAUUGGUUUAGAGAUGUGGACGCAUCAUGUCUUUCAGCAGCAUGCUUAGGUCUGAAUGGGUUAAGAUGUCACUUAAAAAGACAUUGGAACCCAAUCACAUUGAUAAGCCGCUUGAUUU